AGACGUCAGACGUCAUUUUCUGUUCCACUGCAGUGGAAAUCGAUUUUUGGACAGUAUUUCGUCAAUAUUAAGUUUUGUUAUAGGGAAAAUAAUUUAUUCACUGACAAAAUGUCGCAAAUUACAACAAAAAGUGGCGACAAAAAUCAGGAUGAGAAACUCCUGAUGCCUUUUACGUACAUCCAACAAGUACCGGGGAAGCAAAUACGUUCUAAGCUUACUCUGGCUUUUAACUAUUGGCUGAGGGUAAGCGAUGAGAAACUACGUGCCAUCGGAGAGAUAGUGCAGAUGUUACACAACUCAAGCUUAUUAUUGGACGACAUACAAGAUAAUUCCAUUCUACGUCGAGGUAUACCAGUGGCGCAUUCCAUUUACGGCAUAGCGAGCACUAUUAAUGCAGCUAAUUACGUCAUAAUCAUCGCCCUUGAAAAGACUUUGCAACUUGGACAUCCAAUGGCUACCGCAGUGUACACAGAACAGCUGCUGGAGUUGCACCGAGGUCAAGGCAUAGAGAUAUACUGGAGGGACAAUUUCCAAUGUCCAACUGAAGAGGAGUAUAAGGAGAUGACUAUGAAAAAGACGGGCGGACUUUUCAUGUUGGCGAUUCGCUUAAUGCAGCUCUUUAGCGAUAACAAAUCAGAUUUCAGCAAACUGUCUUCGAUCCUCGGUCUAUAUUUCCAAAUAAGAGACGAUUAUUGCAAUUUGUGCUUACAAGAGUACUCCGAGAACAAGAGCUAUUGCGAAGACCUUACGGAGGGUAAAUUCAGUUUUCCCGUCAUACAUGCGAUACAAAAUCAGAAAGGCGACAACCAAGUACUUCAUAUUCUCAGGCAACGUACAAGAGACGUAGAAGUGAAGCGUUACUGCAUCUCCCUCUUGGAAAGGUUUGGAAGCUUCCAAUAUACGCGGGAUCGUCUACAGGAGCUCGACAACGAAGCCAGAGCUGAGGUCAAACGUCUAGGUGGUAAUCCGCAUUUGGAAGAGCUGUUAGACGAACUGCUCAGCUGGCGACGAGACAAGAAACCUGCCCUCAAUGAAGAAUAAGUUGAAAGUUAAUAUAUAUUUUCAUUAUUUAUGUUUCUGAGUUAACGUUUGAUGCAGAUAAACAUACACAAUUUUAAAACGGUUUUUGACCGUUUCGUAAAAUAUCCACCGCUUAUGAACUUUAUAAAGAGCAUACAUCUUUCAAUAAAAACUAUUGCUAGGUAUUAAGAAAAAUACGUUUUCUGUUUCAAAUGGCAACUGAUUAUCCUUUCGAAGGUUAUUGUGUUGUUACAAUCCUUGUAUUUAUUAUUAUUGAUUGUAACAAAUUAUUUUUUAUUGUAUUAAUUUAUAUUUUAAGACGUACGAUUUUUUCAUAUUUAAGUUUUAAAAA